AUGGCUGACGAGAAUGCCAGCAGCCAUCUUCCUAAACGCGCGAAAGAAAUGGUGGUUCAUCUGUACCUGCAGUCGGUGAACACCCAGAAAGACCCUUGCCGAGACUUCUACAGCUACGUUUGCAACGGAUUUGGUCAUCCCAGAAAGACUAACGUCAUAGACAGUGUGAACAGUUGGGUCUCCCGCAAGGUCCAUAAACAGUUCAUGGAGGUCAGCGCAACGAGAGAGCAUCGUAAAUCUGCAAGACAUAAAGCCCGCAGGUUCUACGACAGCUGCGUUUCCAGAACACUAAGGAUUAACAAAAAGGGAAACCGCGAUGAGCUCAUCAGCUUUAUGAAAAAGGCCAAGCUCUCCUUGAAGGACGAGUACACAUGCGAUCUUUUGGACAGGUCACUGAUGCUUGUUCUCCGGUACAACAUACAAGUGUUCUUUGGACUAGGGGUCGCUAGCCGGGGAUUGUCAGCUGACGAUGAUAAACUGACAGUUCUGCAUCUGAUUCCAAGCACUGAGAUGGCUCGCUGGAGAGAGAUACGGUGGUGGUACGUCGCGAACGGGGGCGAGUACAACCAUCUGGUUCGGGAGGUCCUUCGAGCCUCUACUACUGUUAAUUACAAUGAAACAGACGGGCUUAUCAGUGCUGUAAAAGCCGCUGAGGCGAAAGUAUUUGAUACAUGGAGCACUGAGCUGUCGCCUGACUAUGCAGACUUAGCACGUCACUACGCCGAGAAUUGGACGAGACCUUUAAAGAAGCAUAGUAAUGGCCGCCUAAUUGGCAAUUACGCUGUCAACUUCCUCACCAAGGAGUUUUUGGUAUUUCAUAAAACCGCCUCUAACUUGAGUUCGUUCGAAGCAAAAGUUUAUUUGAUCUGGGAGGUGGGCCGACAAUUGGCGUCUAUCUCCGGACUUCUGCAUACCGAGUCCAAGAGCCAAACAAAAGAUUUCUGCUACGCCACCACAAUGUAUUUGUACAAGGAUGCCGUGAUCUUGCCGUUCAUGAUUUCCGUGAUGGACAGAAAGAGGGUGUAUGGAAUCCAGGCUAUGGCAAAAAAUAUUCAGGACCAUAUUGUGAGCAGUAUCAUAAGAUUACAUUACCCCAGUAGUUCAUACACCAAAGUUGAACUUACGAAAAUAGUUAAGACACUACGCUUUAACUUUGGUUACCCUUUCACAAAAAAAGACAGCUCUAGAAUUAUCAACGAGCACUUUAAGAGAUACAAGAACAUUCGGGGCCCGUUCCUGGCGUCGUUCCUGGCCGCAUCGAAGGCCUAUGCUUUGCAGUUCAUUAGGACCGUCACGCGUAAGGCGCGAAAGCCAAGUUACCCCGAUUUCGACAGCGUCUCCAUCGGAUCCUUUUACCAAGCUCCCAACACUAUGCACGUAACCGCAGCUUCCAUGCUAGAGCCACUUUUUCAUUCUGAGAAUUCUCCAGAAAUUAACUAUGGCGCACUCGGAUCUAUCCUGUCCCACGAAGUUGUGCGCUCCUUCAUCGGCAAUGGCAAAAUCGCCGAAGGAAACGAAGCUUUUCUGGACUGGUCUAAAAGUAUUGCAGUCGCCAACUUGUCCUGUCAUGCCGAGACUGCCGAUAGCUCGGGCACAAGGGACGCCGAGUGGCGAUUGUUCCUGUACGACUCGAUGGCGUCCCAAGCAUUGUUUAUGGCUUACAAGGCAGCCGCGUCAAGGUCUUUGGUCCGUGUUGGCGGACUCGAAGAUUUCACCAGAGACCAGCUGUUCUUCAUCAGCCGUUGCUUCUACACGUGCGCCUCUAAACCGCACACACGAAAGGCAAAGUCCCUGGAGCAGCGUCGCUGCAACUUUGCUGUUCGCAACAUGCCCCAGUUUGCACGGGCUUUCGGGUGCCGCAAUGGAGCACCCCUGAAUCCCAAACAGAGGUGUAGGGUUUGGUAG